CUCGGUUAAAAGAAGCUUCGUCUGUAGUUCACGUCAUGUCAGAGCAAACCGCCGGCGAGGCAGCGUCGCUGGGCUGUACUCUGCGUCACUACGCGGCGAUAAUUUGCGUGCGUUUUGCGGUGUCAUCUUGUGGAAGAGCGGACGUUUGGUUUGGCACGUACACCUACGGAGAGCGGCGCACGUGCCGCUUCCGCGUCACGCCAUGACAGUUGCGCAGCAAGAGGCGCGCGAACAGCACAAACGGCACAAAACGGCAAGAGCCUCGCUGAGACGUCCAAUGAGUGGCGGGACUGUUUUUUCCCACUCGGAUCGGAGUCAGACCCGUCUCAGCCGGAUUAUUGGCACCAGCUGCAACGGCUGCGCUGAUUGGUCCGGAGCAGCCGAGUGACGCGAGCGCAGCGCCUAUCGACGGCCGCGACGCUGACACCUGCGGACGGCGCUUCUUCAUCACGAGCGCACCGGCCGCUUCUGCAGUGCAGUGUAUGGAAGCCGAGCGCGCGCGCCCUGCCGUGGCCAUGCUGCCCCCGAAGAACUGCCUGCCCAGGAACUACAGCUGCAUCGCGGGGCUCUUCGGGAGUCUGGCGGCGGCGAACCCGCGGCUGGAGGAUGGGGAGGACUUGGACCUGGUGAACGGGACCUGCGAGCCCAUCGAGAGCCCCGUGGUGGAUGAGAGACCGCGCGGCAGGGAGGUCUUCCUCAAGCCGCCGCCGCAGAGUCCCAACCUGCGGCGGAGGUGCAAGUCCCUGCCGACACCCACGGAGCGCGCCAAGUUAGAGAUCUCACGCGCCAGGAGCCCGAGCAGUCAGAAGAAAGUCCGGUUCGCGGACUCUCUGGGUUUGGAGCUCAUCUCCGUCAAACAUUUCGACGACUCGGACGCGCCGGAGGUGCCGGAGCGCAUCUUGGCCAAACUGCCCAGAGCGCCCGCGCAGCUGAACCACCUGAACACCAGGUUCCCGCGGGCUCCGGCCCAGUCCGUGUUCAUGGAGCUGCAGUUCUCCAGCCCCGGCUCUCUUCCUGGCUUCGAGCAGAAGGUGAGGGAAGUGAAAGUUCUGCUGGAGAGCGUCGAGUCGGACGAGUUCAGCCUGUCCGGAUUCGUGCGCGUCUUGAACCUGGCCUUCGAGAAGAGCGUGUCUUUGCGCUACUCGCUCAACAACUGGAUCACCUUCAUGGACAGCUUGGCGUCUUACGUCCCCAACUCCAGCGACGGCGAGACCGACAGGUUCUCCUUCAAGGUGGUGAUGCCCAGCUACCCGGAGAACGGAGGGAGCCUGCAGUUCGCCAUCAAGUACUGUGUCGGCGGCCAGGAGUUUUGGGACAAUAACAACGGGAACAACUACAAAGUUCGGCGGCACAAGUUCAAGAUGUCUCCACCGCGGGAGUGGGAGAACGGCUGGAUUCACUUCAUCUGAGAUGUCUUCCUUGCUUCAUGCUCUGGUGGUAGCAAUUGUUCUUGGUAUCCAGGCCCGGUUCCAAUGAACCAGAGGGCCUGGGCAAAGACAUCUUAAAGGGAGCGUUUUAAGUCAUGUAAUGCAUUUGUUUAGAACAUGCUCCCACUCGGUUCUGCCAGUCCAGCUCCCUUAAAUCUGACCCUCUUUCUCCCUUGCAGUGUCUCUGGAUGGUUUGGCAUGUUUCAGUGCAGAGCCUGUGAUGCACAUUGUGCGGGAAUAAGUCACACUGCGCAGUUAUUUUGUUCACUCAGUGUAACAAGUGUGGUUCUAUAUAUACACGGAGCGAUAGGAGUCCGAGCUGGUCCGCACAUUAGGCAGACUAAACGGCCUGACCGCACCUUUCCUGAUGAAAUGAGUCCCAGUAAAAACAACAGACCCUACUAAUAUAGUGUGUUUAAGGUGCUGGAGUUUUGGGUGAGGCUUUGAAAAAUGAUUUUUUUUUUGUACCGGCUGAAGAAUCCCAAGGUCACCUCGGAAUUCCCUUAAAAGUAAGAGACCUACUUUUGGCACAUGUUAGAAUUCAACUCCAGCCUGUAAAGAAUGAUUUAAAUCGCAUCUUCACACACUUGAGAGCCAGGAAUGAAGCGUUUUUGUGUUUGUGAAGUGUUUUUUUUUUUUCACUGAGCGUUCAAGAGGUUCUCAGUGCGGGAUGUUGUGAGAUAAACUGCCUUGAUGUCGGGGCUCCUGUACAGCUCACUGCCCUUUGGGAGGGCAUGCUCUUGUUAUGUAAUGUCCAGACACGUGACGGAGCGAACGUGCCAGGCAGCAUCCCUGAUCCUGACGGGGAAGAGCUGUGCAUUUAUUUGGCCAAGCACUCGGCUGCUGACGGUAUUUUAGGUCUGUUGUUGCACACGACGUCUGGAGGAGACGCAGGAAUCCUCUUGGCUGACGUUAUGUCACUGCUAAUCUCCUGCAGCCUGGGGAAGACGCCACUCUGUGACAUCCAUGGGUGUGUUCGCUUCCUCCUGAUAGAACAUUAAAUGCCUUAUAUUCAGAGCCAUGGUGCGGAAAUCUCUGCGCCAGGAAUGGUAUCUUUCCUCUCUUUAGCCCGGGUGAAUUUGAGGGCUAGAUUGCAGGCGAAAACAUGGCCAAGUAUCAUUUGUAAUUUCCUCGAGGCUGCUUCGUUUUAAACAUUGGUAGCGAUUUUUACAUGUAUGCAUCAGCACUUUGCGGAAGAGUCGCUGAAUAGUCAAUUCAGUUUGUAUCUGAACUGUAAAUGUGAAGAUGCUGUGUUCGGAUAGUUAAGCUUCUCUUCAUUUCAGCACCUAUUUCUCAGUGAUUCCUAAGAUUUAGAUGGCAUUUCACCGCUAUAAAAAUGUUCACUUUUAGGGAGGCAGACUUCUGAACACCCUGGAAAAUAACCUUUCAGCUUUGUUUGUGUCCAGCAACGAUUGAAGACAUUCAUAGAGACCCCUUUUUUCAGUUGUGGCUGUUAGAUUCAAGGUCGUCUCUUGCCCUCCGUGUCACAGCCUUAUCAUUCAUAUGAAACAAUUUGACAUUAUUGAGCUCAAUUACCAAAAAAAAAAACAUAAGAGAUUUGCCUUCGCCGCUGCCCAAAAAUGUAUCAUCACAUUUUCAUCUUUGAGAAUUUUUUUUUUUUUUUGCAAACUGUGUCGAACCAACUUCCGAAGUAUCGUUACUCACUGUGCAAGAGUCAAGACCUGGUGGUUCAGUAUUAUAUGCUACUUGAGCCUUUACUGUUUCUCCUGUGUCGGAACACAAGUGUGCGCAUGCCUUUAAGUGCAGUCUUCAGUCCACCAGUUCUUUACUGACUCCCCUUGUUUACAUCAGCGACGCCUCAGAUUCUCUCUCUCAGAUGUGGUGUGAGAAACAAACCUGGAGUCGUUUCUUGUCAAGGAGCAGUUCGCCACGUGUUCAUUGAACUCCACUGUGGAUUUGAGUCUGGUCGUGAUAGAAACUAGUUUUGUCAGUGAAAAAAGUGAGUCGUCGAAAUGUGUUCGCUUCAGUCUGUGUUCCACCUUCAAUGCAGUUUGAAACCAGAGCGCCUGCUUUCUUCUGUAGCAGUUUUCAUUUAACACACCAUUGUGCAGGUUCGAAUCUCACCGUCGCCGUAGUCACAACCCACUUUAUUGCACACUUGAUGCAAAGCAAGCUGUAUAGAUACUGUAUAAAUGUCUUCUUGUUUCAUAUUGAAUGUCUUCCUGUUGCAGUUCUCCGUGUAUUCUAGACGAUUGGACUGUAUUGUCGGAGUGAAAUUAAUGAUAUUGUGAAUUAACAGAGCUUUUGUAUAUUCAUCCUCAACUGUUUUCUAAAAGCACACGUUCAUCCUUUCUAUCCAUGAACCCACUUUAAAUGGGACAGAUGAAAGGUGCAGUCGUGUAAUGAGGCGAUGAGUUGUAGCUGAAUGAGUUGUAGAUGAGUCUAAAGAAACGUUGGAAGCAAGUUAAUACUGCCUUAAAUAGUUGCGUCACAGGUGGAAGUGCUUGAUAGACCAGGAAGUGGUUGAGAAUACGUGCUACUCGACACGUGUCGACACAUGAUUGUAUACUGAGCAGUUUAAUGCACUUUGAGCGAUGAGCAGAAGGGACGGGUUGAGGUUUUCUCUGAGGUGUAAUAGCGAAUAUAUAUAUAUUUUUUAUCCUGCUUAGCUGCUCUCUCUCCCGCAAAGAAAAGCCUUGAUCAGUUUGUUGACCAUUUAUAUUUUGUUUUUUUCCCCGUGUACAUUCUAUGCAACCUUUCCUGUGGUGUCCUCAUCUAUCUGUUCUGUGUGCUGUUCAUAUGUUAGCACUGACUUUCUGCCAUGUUUGCAUGAACAUCUGGAUCACAACUUUAUUUUUAGCUUUCCAUUAAUCUUUGUAAAACGACGCUGAAUUAAAAUGUUGUGUGACACAAGAA